AUGACGAACCUGACCACUUUCUCACUGUCUAUUGCCUUAUUCGGCCAGUAUGAACCUCGCAAAGAUACAAUCGGCUUGAUUCUGUCAGCCUUACCUGAAUCUUGCGUCAAUUUGGAGUUGGACCUGGACCGCUUCAAGUACAAUGGCACGGGUACGGGGUCUGAACAUGUGUGCGAAGGGAUAGCAGGUUGCUUGCCGCGGUUGCAUCAUCUACGCCUGAGUAUGGGAACACUCUGUCCAGCUCUUUUGCUGCCAAACUUUGCAAGAGAUGGGUCUAUCAAAGAUGAAGCUCAUUUCCAUGCUCCGAUCUACCAGUCCCUCAAGACCUGCAUCAUAAGCUGUCACCUCUCGGGAGACGCUUUGACCUGCAAUGAGGACAGAAGUCAGCAUCCAAAUCAAUCUAAUGGUUUGCGCGCAAGGUUACCAUUGGUUAAGUCCCUGCGUGAACUUGUCGUGCGUGGCAGCUUUCCACAGAUCGAACGACUCUGGCUUCUUGACGGACAAAACUACAAUGCCCUCGAUUCAAGAGAAAGUCCAGCCUGGAACCGUCGUGAUACCGUGAGAAACAAAACCUGGGUGAUACCUUGGAUAAACCUGCAUGCUAAAAACAUGCCUUUCCCUCUCAUUACUCGAACCCCCGAAGGCCAGGAGUCGAUCACAACCAACCAUGGGGCUCUAGCAGCUCUUGCAGAGGCACAAACGUGGAAGGAGACUGUCAUGGGCUCCAGGCUUCCUGCAGCGAUAUUAGACGGUCCAGAGAGAUGUAAACACGUCGUGAAGGGUGCUCCAACUAUAAGCCUUGCUCAGUACCGGGAGAUAAGCCCUAAGGGAAGCUGUUCGUGGUGGGGACACGAGAAGUUAACAGGAAUACAACUGAUUUGGGCCACAGAGAGGGAUGGUCUCGUAGACAGAUCUCCCAUUCAUGAGCUGACUCCUCCUGGCUGGAUGCGAGAACCUGAUUUCGAAGGGAAUCCAGGUCAGUUGAUCCGCGACAACAGCACUGCAUGA